AUGUCUAGACUAGUAUUCAAAGGUGACAAAGUACCAAAAAAGAAGAAAAAGAAACGAUCUGCUUCUGAACGCGAUGAACAUGGUGGUGCUAUGGGUGAUUCAGACGAAGGAUGGGUGCGUGCCGAUCAACUUGACGAUCUCGUGGGUCCUUUGUUUAUUACCCAUCCAAGCGAUCCAACCAUUUGCUUGACGGUCGACGACAAUGAUCGAUUGCUUGCUUAUCCUAUUCCCGAAGGUGCUACCGAGACCGAGCCUGUGAUUGUGAAUCAAGUCUUUGUAGGCGCACGCUUAUUAGGCACAUCCAAUACGUUUACCAUCAAGUCUGUCCACAAGAAAUACUUGAGCAGUGACAAGUUUGGCGUGGUGAGUGCCGAUCGUGAAGCUAUCAGUGGUCUUGAGGAGUGGGAGCCAGCCAUUACCGAUGCAGGUGUCGCUUUUCGUAAUGCACACGGCAAGUUCCUAAUGGUGGAUCAAAUUGCUGGAGGAGGUUUCAAAAUCCGUGCAGAUUCAGAUGAAGUUGGCUUUUGUGAGACAUUUCGAGUCUAUUGUCAGGCACGUUUCAAGCGAAAAGCAAGACACGACAGGAAGAAGCAAAAGAAGGAAUCCCAUAUUGAUGAAUUGGAUAAUGUCAAAAAGUUCCAAUCAUGGGGUGGCGGUCGCGUACACAUGUCCAAAUCAGAUACACGUGAACUAAAGAAAGCCAAGGAAGAAGGUCGAAUUGCAGAAGCUAUGCUGGAUCGUAGAGCUAAAGUCAAAUCAGAUCGUUAUUGUAAAUAA